AUGCACCCACCAGAUUCGCUCACCACCAGCGCCCUGCCGCUCUCGCUGCCCAUCCCGCCCUCUCAUCUCCCUCCUCCGCCAAUGCCGACCGCGUCCGUCAUCGUCGCCCAACCUCCUCCGCUGCCGGUCGUCGAGCGCCAGUCGAGUGGGCCGAUGUUUACGUUCACGCAGGGAAUACUGCUGGGGCAGGCGAGCAUGAUCCUCCUCGCCGUCCUCUUCCUCAAACACGUCGUCUUCGAAGACCCGAACGCUGCGAAGCGGGAACGAGAACGGAGAAAACGUGCGAUGACAGGCGGGACGAGCGAGACGGAUGGAGAGGCGGGCGGAUUGGAGGAUGGCGCGAGGAGGAAGAGGGAUCGGAAGGGGAAGGGAAAGGCUGCAUCCUUGACGGCCGACCCUCCACCGACGCCCGCUCCUUCAGCCGCCUCUCUACUCGCCUCUCUCUCCUACGACCUCUCCUCCCACGCUCCUGAGUCCCUCGACUGGCUCAACAUCCUCCUCGCCCAACUUAUCUCCUCCUACCGAUCUCUCGCAGCGAAUCACCCCGGCGGCGGUGCGCGACAUCUCAUUGAGGAAUCGUUGAACCGGAGAAGUCGAUUCGGUGCGAGCGAUGAAGAUGAAGAUGGCGGCUCGAGUGGGAUGGUGGGACUGGAUUAUAUCGAGGUCGACGAGGUCGAGCUGGGAGAGGGCUUCCCCGCGUUGACGGACGCGAGGGUGCGGCCAAGCGGUGUGGGCGGCGAGAGUGUGCGCGUCGAGCUGGAUCUCGAGUACACCGAUACCGUCGUCCUCUCCGUCUCGACUCGAGUCGUCAUGAACUUUCCCCGACCACGCUUCGCCGUCCUGCCCGUCUCGCUAUCCAUCACUCUCGAACGCUUCUCCGGUACCGUCACUGUCGAGCUCCCGCCCCUCUCCACUCCAACACCUACACUCAUCCCCUCUCCCGCAUCCGAAGCUCCACCUCGCCAUGCCCAUCCUACCGUCCACCUCUCACUCCAUCCAGACUUCGAUCUGGUCCUCUCCACCUCCUCUCUCCUUGGCUCGCGCGCCAAGCUGCAAGACGUCCCGAAGGUGGAGCAGCUCUUGAAAGCACGGAUACGCGCAGCGAUUCAGGACAAGGUCGUCUGGCCUGGACGGGUCGAGAUUGCUCUACCCGGACUCGUCAGAACCCAUCACCAUCACCACCAAGCGAGCGCCGGAACGGGGACGGGUGCAGACGAUUCUCCCGCAUCGCCCGUCUCACCUCUCGCGACGCACCUUCCGACACCGCCUCCCGACCUGCCUCCUUCUCCCUCUCCUUCCUCCGCACAACCACUCUUGAACCCGCUCCUCACGCGCCUCUCAUCCUCCGACCUCUCCUCAUCCCAAUCAGGCUCGACAACACCCGACACGCCCACCCUCUCGCUCUCCUCCAACACCGGAAAUCCAACAGUCCACCUCCAUCCUCGCGUCAGAUCCGUACCGCACAAAUUUCCUUCACCUUCACUCGGGGUCGGCGUUGAGGGCUUGGGCGGAGUAGGGAUGGGGAUGAGACCGACACCGAGUCCGACGGAGAGUCUGCCGGGAUACUUCCCGCCUCUUCCGGGGACUGGACCUGGCGGGAACGGGCUGGGAGGGAAGAGGGUUGGUGGGACGGCUGGAGCGGGGUUGGGCGGGGCGGGGAUGAGGUAUAGGCCUGCUGCCGGUGUCGGGAUCGGCGUGAGAGGGCGGUAG